AUGAGUAAGUCUCCAAUUUCCAAGAAACCUGCAGAGAACGAAGACUUUUCUGAUCUGUUUAAAAUGGAAAUGAUGCCACCUGCAGUACCUCAGCAGCAUAUUUCCCUGCAAAAUCCUAAAAAAGCAAAAAAUGAUAUUCAACAAUACAACAAAAUUAUAGAGGAAGAUAAUAUUUCAAGAGAAUUCGAGCAAUCAAUGAAAAUGGUUCCAGAUUUACCUUUUGACUUCGUUCAAUAUCAGCCAGAAGAUGAAAAAAUAAAUCCCGACUUUCCAAAACGUCCAGCCAUGAAAUUGUUGCAACCAGAAAUGUUUCAAUACUACGAUAUAUACAUAUUGUUUUAUAUAUUUUAUUAUUUUCCAAAUUCUCCAUAUCAAUAUUUUGCCGCAAAGGAAUUGAAAAGCCGUGGAUGGACAUUCUUAAAUGAAUCACAGCAAUGGGUUCAUUUAAUUUCCCAUGUUUACGAAACAACAGAUAAAGAUAUUAUUGGUAAAUUCGAAAUAUUUGAUCGUAGUCCAGAUGUAUGGGAUGUAGUUGUUAGAAAUUCAUACUCGAUCUCAAAGCAAGAGAUUAAUAAGGAUUAG